AAAAAAUCCCAUAAUGCUCGUCGCACCGGCUGUGUUUGAAUGUUAAAAGUAAGAACCCGAUAGACUUUAAUAUGGUUUUCAUGUGUCUGGGAUGUACAGUGGAGGAGACGUCAAGACGGUCCAGAAAAUGACUCGUUUCUCAUAUUAUGGACGCUAGGAAGCAUGAUUUGCAACGGAACGUAUUUAAGGUCAGUCACAAUCACUCCAAUGGCCUUCUGCAACCGUGCCUGCAUCGUUUUGUUGCAGAGAACAUGAAGCAGGUGGAUAUAAUAAAUAAAGAAGAAUUAGAAAGAUUUCAAGUCCAUCAUAGAGUCCAAAGUCCAAGCAAAGGUAGACGUGUGUCCUCUUGCAAAAGGAAAGGCCGUCCAUUGGUGGAGGUGGGCUUCAAGCUGCACCGCAGAUCGUCAAAUGUAGGCUGUGGCUGUGACCCCGGCAUGGCCAACAAAGAGAAUGAGAUGACAUGCUCCGAUGAUGUGCGCUGUUUUCACUACAAUGACCACGGUGGGCUUCCUGUGAAUUCUGCAGAGGCCUCAAAGAUGGCUGGGGCCAGCUCCAAGCACAGUGACUUUACUGAGCUGUCCAAGGAUCAUGAAGCUGUGUCUCACAUUCUGUCUGGAAGAAAACUUCAAAUAGCUGUAGCACAAACGCUGUGGCGCCGCAGUGCCAGUGAAUUAGUGGCCUAUUUAAUCAGAAGCCAAGACACAGCAGUACUGCUGGAUUGUCUACCUGUUUUGACAAAAAACCUUCAAACUGAAGCGCCGUCUUUAUCGAUUGGCUGCUGUGUUGACCUUAUGCCCCAAGUGAAAGUCAUUCUUGCCAGUAAAUACGAAGAACACAUAACUGUGGGUUUACACUGGGUUCAGUCUGUCAUCAAGAAGUGGUGGCCAGAACUUUCUAAGAAUGAGAAAAGACUGCGGGACAGUUGUUUGGAGCACAGGAAUGUUGAAGCCAUGAGGCAGCGGCUGAAAGACUUGUGGAAGGACAAAACCCGGCUCUGUCUGAUUCCAGGAUCUAUGGGAGAACUUGCAAAGGCUAUCGAGGCUUAUCUGGCACAGCUACCCUGACGGUCUUUAAGCUUUCUGGGGAUGUGACCACUGCUGCCAGAUUAUGGCGUGCUUAGAACUGAUAAGGGACACCAGAGAGCUGG